AUGGGUGCUUCCUUGCCUCUCCGACAGGAGGACACGCCCCACGGGACAGCGACGUGGUCACCUCGAGAGGCCUGCCACUUCAGUGUAAGGUACACAUCGCAGUGUGAUGCCCCAGCGUUGGUCGUAGUGAACGCCCAAGUGCCUGGGGAGGGGCCGUCCUUCAACCCCUUCGUGACGCAAAAGCCUCAUCCGGGCUAUAGUGUCAUCGUCUAUUUCAUGAUCACUCGGGAGAUGGCUUCUUGGUCCUCGAGGCCCCACGACCCCGACGUGCCGAGAUCAGUCAGAUUGUGGCUCAACCUCUUGGACCGAGGCAUCUCUGAUCGGAAUCUUCCGUUUAAAGUCAUUGGUCGGGUCCAGAACCUCACUGAUCUCCCAAGCUUACCCGCUAUGGGCAUCAUAGAAAGAUACAACGGCAAGCCGGCCCUCAUAACAGGGAGCGCGACCAUCCUGGAAGGUUCUCGACCGUACCGGUAUGUUGAGAUCGACUACGAUGUUCGUAAGUGGUCUCUAAUAGCCCGGACAACGCUAGCCCAAGUGAAGGAGCGUGUGAGGGACGUCGUACUAGAUGUUGGAUACCUGGUGGAGUCCCAAGAAGAAGUGGACAUGCCUGAGCGGCUGCUAGGGAGCAUAUCCCUUCAUCACCUGGACCAUAGGACUGCCCAUUCGUGGUCAGAUGCUCGUACUGGGGGUGGCAAAAAGGAUAAGCUCAGCUUUGAGAGCGAAGGCAGAAUACGUCAUGACUUGGACUCAGUGGGAGUGAGUAGCUGCAGUGCGGAGGCCUGGCUGGCAUCACUCACUGCUGACGACCACGGUGGACCAUUACCGUCUUUGAGUGCGUCGACUUUGGCCGCGACCAACACUAUAGGGGAGGGGAAGACCAGUGGGUUGCUGGACAGGCUUCGACAGUGGGGAGCCGUGGGAGAGUUCCUCGCCAAUGACCUGCUAGCCCCGUGGAGCACUCUGGAUCAGCUCUCUGCAGACUACGCUGUGACUUCAUGGUUUUUGAAGGCACCCCGGAUAUCUUUGGAAGCUGCUAGUCCCCAAUGGCACUGCUCAUCGCAUCCUUCGGCCCCUUACAACGUCUUGGUAUCCCCCAAGGGCGAUGUUACCCUCAUCGAUCGGCUUCAUCGUAAAGUCUUCAAUUUGGCUUUGCCUAAGAAGACCCCUCGGGUCACAGGAAGCUGCGUCGCCUUUGCUCCCUCACCGUGUCCUCUAUCUAUAGCCCUGGGUACUGUGUCUGGCCUCGUUAUAACGUCCCUGUCGGGCGUGCACGAGGAUUGGCAGAUCAUAGCUAAUCGCAGUCUCCCUGUGGCCCCCUCUGUCAUCGAUGGCGUAUUCGAAUGUGGUAGUAGUGUGGGAGUCGGCCACGGUGGGACUGUCCUCGGCGACCCCACUGGUACUGAGACGCCUAAGGACGGCGGAGGUCACGUCAGUGGCCUGGUGCUCAGCAAGGUCCUGCUCUAA